UUGUAGCUGUACAGUUUUUCAAAAUUUUGAAUAAUUAUCAGUUUUUAGUAGUACUUACAUACACUUCAACUUAUAAAACUGUAUAAUAAUAUAUUAUCGUCGAAUUACCUAUGUCUACGUAUACAUUUAAAAAAACGUUUGAUUUAAUUACGAUUUGAAAUUUUUGUUUGAGGGGAAGUUUAUAUGUACAUUAUUUUUCUCGUUCUUUUCCGAGGUUCCGUUAGGUCACGUUUUAAAACUACCUGGAUCUGGUGGAAUCAAUUUGCCUAUCUUUGCCACAAAUAAAAAAAAUGUCUGAGGAGGAAUCAACGCAAUAUCAUUAUUUCAUGGUAUAAAAUGUAAAUUUAAUAAUACGUUCACGGCCGCAGAUGAACAUGCUGUACACACGUCCAAUGCCGGUGGCCGAUCACUUUAUGGCGCCUUGGGCCUAUAGCGACGAACAAACGGCCGCGGCCAACUUGGGCGAAGUGUGCGAAACGUGCUAUACACAUUGCGGCGCCGGCAAGACGGAACUGUGGCGGCACGCGCGCGACGAGCAUGGCGCGGACCCGGGCCUGUCGUGUCAAGUUCCCAGCUGCGGCCGGCGAUUCUUCGCUGCGGCCAUGUGCGCAGAUCAUCGUGCGCACCACCGUAACGGCGGCGGCGGUCAGCGCGCCGAUCACGACAUCGCGGGCCCGAAUGACCGGGCCACCGUUGACGUGCGAACUGUGCGGUCACCUGUCCAUUAACCGGUCCAAGUACGACAGGCACGUGAGCGCGGCGCACCCCGAAGCCCUGGCCGCCACGUGCGGCGUGUGUCACACGUAUCUGGGCGACGUGUCGUCGCUCAUCGACCACGUGCAGCGCCGGGCACGCCCUCGAGAUCUGUCCCGAUCUGUCCGCGGCAGAGCAGACUUACGGACAGUUGAUCCGAUCCGAAGGGUCGCACCGGCGGAGUAUACGUGCACUGUGUGCGGCAGCGUACGGCACAACCGCUUCAUGUAUGUGCACAGGCGAUGCACGGCCUCGCCGAUGACGUUUUCUCGAACCACCCGCAGUCUCCAUGGUCGUGCAUCACAGCUAUGUGCAGCAGUUCGUGCACCCACAGCGCAGUGCCCGAUGCACCCACGACUAUGUGCAGCAGUCCGUGCACCCACAGCCGCAGUGGCCCGAUGCACCACGACUAUGUGCAGCAGUCCGGUGCACCCACAGCCGCAGUGGCCCGAUUCAACCACGACUAUGUGCAGCAGUCCGGUGCACCCACAGCCGCAGUGGUCCGGUGCAUCCACAGCUAUGUGCAGUAGUCCGGUGCACCCACAGCUAUGCAGUACCCCGGUGAAUCCGUAGCUACAGUAGUCUCGUACGGUCACAUCGUCGUCCUCUGUUAUUGUCGGUGCAUAAACAGUUCACGAUCGAUUCGCUUGAUACAUAUAUUAUAAUUUUAUUAUACUAAUUUAUAAUAUUAGGUAUUAUGUUUCAACGGAUGUUCUGCACAUGUGAAUACCAUUAUUGCCUUCAUUAUUGUAUAAUAUUUAUUAUAAUGACACGUUUUCGCGCUCUUUGCCGU